AAGGCGGGACGAACCGGAAAAGGGUGAAAUGCUUUCGGUAGGCACUCCACGGCUGUGAAGAUGGCGGCGGCUGCGUGGCUUCAGGUGUUGCCUGUCAUUCUUCUGCUUCUGGGAGCUCACCCGUCACCACUGUCGUUUUUCAGUGCGGGACCGGCAACCGUAGCUGCUGCCGACCGGUCCAAAUGGCACAUUCCGAUACCGUCGGGGAAAAAUUAUUUUAGUUUUGGAAAGAUCCUCUUCAGAAAUACCACUAUCUUCCUGAAGUUUGAUGGAGAACCUUGUGACCUGUCUUUGAAUAUAACCUGGUAUCUGAAAAGCGCUGAUUGUUACAAUGAAAUCUAUAACUUCAAGGCAGAAGAAGUAGAGUUGUAUUUGGAAAAACUUAAGGAAAAAAGAGGCUUGUCUGGGAAAUAUCAAACAUCAUCAAAAUUGUUCCAGAACUGCAGUGAACUCUUUAAAACACAGAGCUUUUCUGGAGAUUUUAUGCAUCGACUGCCUCUUUUAGGAGAAAAACAGGAGGCUAAGGAGAAUGGAACAAACCUUACCUUUAUUGGAGACAAAACCGCAAUGCAUGAACCAUUGCAAACUUGGCAAGAUGCACCAUACAUUUUUAUUGUACAUAUUGGCAUUUCAUCCUCAAAGGAAUCAUCAAAAGAAAAUUCACUGAGUAAUCUUUUUACCAUGACUGUUGAAGUGAAGGGUCCCUAUGAAUACCUCACACUUGAAGACUAUCCCUUGAUGAUUUUUUUCAUGGUGAUGUGUAUUGUAUAUGUCCUGUUUGGUGUUCUGUGGCUGGCAUGGUCUGCCUGCUACUGGAGAGAUCUCCUGAGAAUUCAGUUUUGGAUUGGUGCUGUCAUCUUCCUGGGAAUGCUUGAGAAAGCUGUCUUCUAUGCAGAAUUUCAGAAUAUCCGAUACAAAGGAGAAUCUGUCCAGGGUGCUUUGAUCCUUGCAGAGCUGCUUUCAGCAGUGAAACGCUCACUGGCUCGAACCCUGGUCAUCAUAGUCAGUCUGGGAUAUGGCAUCGUCAAGCCACGCCUUGGAGUCACUCUUCAUAAGGUUGUAGUAGCAGGAGCCCUCUAUCUUUUGUUCUCUGGCAUGGAAGGGGUCCUCAGAGUUACUGGGGCCCAGACUGAUCUUGCUUCCUUGGCCUUUAUCCCCUUGGCUUUCCUAGACACUGCCUUGUGCUGGUGGAUAUUUAUUAGCCUGACUCAAACAAUGAAGCUAUUAAAACUUCGGAGGAACAUUGUAAAACUCUCUUUGUAUCGGCAUUUCACCAACACGCUUAUUUUGGCAGUGGCAGCAUCCAUUGUGUUUAUCAUCUGGACAACCAUGAAGUUCAGAAUAGUGACAUGUCAGUCGGACUGGCGGGAGCUGUGGGUAGACGAUGCCAUCUGGCGCUUGCUGUUCUCCAUGAUCCUCUUUGUCAUCAUGGUUCUCUGGCGACCAUCUGCAAACAACCAGAGGUUUGCCUUUUCACCAUUGUCUGAGGAAGAGGAGGAGGAUGAACAAAAGGAGCCUAUGCUGAAAGAAAGCUUUGAAGGAAUGAAAAUGAGAAGUACCAAACAAGAACCCAAUGGAAAUAGUAAAGUCAACAAAGCACAGGAAGAUGAUUUGAAGUGGGUAGAAGAGAAUGUUCCUUCUUCUGUGACAGAUGUAGCACUUCCAGCCCUUCUGGAUUCAGAUGAGGAACGAAUGAUCACACACUUUGAAAGGUCCAAAAUGGAGUAAGGAAUGGGAAGAUUUGCAGUUAAAGAUGGCUACCAUCAGGGAAGAGAUCAGCAUCUGUGUCAGUUUUCUGUACGGCUCCAUGGGAUUAAAGGAAGCAAUGACAUCCUGAUCUGUUCCUUGAUCUUUGGGCAUUGGAGUUGGCGAGAGGUGUCAGAACAAAGAGAACAUCUUACUGAAAACAAGUUCAUAAGAUGAGAAAAAUCUACGAGCUUCUUAUUUACAACACUGCUGCCCCCUUUCCUCCCAGACUCUGACAUGGAUGUUCAUGCAACUUAAGUGUGUUGUUCCUGAACUUUCUGUAAUGUUUCAUUUUUUAAAUCUGACAAACUAAAAAGUUUAACGUCUUCUAAAAGAUUGUCAUCAACACCAUAAUAUGUAAUCUCCAGGAGCAACUGCCUGUAAUUUUUAUUUAUUUAGGGAGUUACAUAGGUGAUGGGGGAAAUUGUUAACUACCUUUCAUUUUCCUGGGAAGUCAAGGUUACAUCUUGCAGAGGUUGUUUUGAGAAAAAAGGGCCCUUCUGAGUUAAGGAGCCAUAGUUCUAUCGAUGAUCAAAAGAAAAAAAAAAAAAGAAACUGUUACAGUAUGAUUCAGAUCAUUUAAAAAAGCAAAAUCAAGUGCAAUUUUGUUUACAAAUGGUGUAUAUUAAAGAUUUUUCUAUUUCAGAUGUACUUUAAAGAGAAAUAUUAGCUUAACUCUUUUGACAUCUGCUAUUGUGACACAUCCCAUUGCUGGCAAUGUGGUGCACACUCCGAAACUUUUAACUACUGUUUUGUAAGCCUCCAAGGGUGGCAUUGCAGGGUCCUUAGGCAAUGUUUUGUUUGCCUUUAUGCAGAGAGGUGCUCCAAGUGCUGUGAUUGAGCACCGUGCUAGAGGAACUGUAAUGCUUCAGAAGUUGUAGCUUAUACAAAGGAAACAGGUCCUGCUGGCUUAAUUUAAACAGUUAUUGCAUGAAGUAGUGUGGAGGCCCUGGACUGCUGCUCGUUCUUUAGGAUGGACUGUUCUGGUAUCUGGUAUUGGUUUAGAGACUGUUAAUAAGGGACAUCACAAGGUGAUGGGAUUCAUUUGAAGCACUCUAUUUCUGUUUUAAUGGUUUUAUCCAAUUUUGCCUUCCCAAGAUUUUUGUUCUACAUAAAAAGUUCAUGCCACUUUUUAAUAUAAAAAAAUUUAACAAAAUUAAUGUAUUUUUCUCAUUUUUUUCAAACUUUUUCUAAAGACUCUUUCUGUCAAACUCAUGAAAAAUUUCUUUCUAUGGC